UGGAGCCACCAAUAAAUAAAGGACCUUUUACCUGUGAAGUGUGCAGCCUUACUAUCAAGAAGUGGCCUCAGUAUAAGCAGCAUAUAAAGAAGCAUCAGGAAGAUAAACCAUAUCAGUGUUUUGAAUGCGAUAAAUCCUUUAAUGUGCAGAAAAACUUACGUUUGCAUGAAGCCCUGCAUUCUACAGAGAAGUUGGUUUGCCCUGAGUGUGACAAAACAUUUAGACGUUUGGCUUCAUUUAAGAACCAUUUGUCGCUUCACGAAGAAGAUGAAUCUGUCAUAUGUGAAAUAUGCCAAGAAGAAUUCAUAUCAGUCACACAGUUACAGAUUCACAUAGAACAUCACAAACAGGGAGCCACUCCAAUGGAGAACAGGAAGACCAGCAUCGAAUGCAAGGAGUGUGAUCACGAGUUUUCCUGAUCAGGCUUUACUAACUCAUCAUAUGAAGGUUCACAAAAAGGUUAGGAAGAUGACAGCUACAAGACCAAAACGAAAGUUAACAAAUCGCUCAAACUUUGAAAAUAAGUGUUUUGAUUGUGGGAAAACUUUUCUUAAACCUUCUCAGUUGAUACGCCACAUUCGAAUACACACAGGAGAGAGACCAUUCAAGUGUACAUGGCCUGGAUGUGACAGAGCCUUCAAUCAAAAGAAUACAAUGCAGAUUCACAUGGAUAUUCAUACUGGUACUAAAGCACACAAAUGUGAAUUUUGUAAUCAGGAAUUUAUACAACGAAGUAAUUUACGUUGCCACAUCAAACGGGUUCAUCCAGUAGAUAAAACAGAUCAGCAGUUAUUUGAGUGUGAAGAGUGCUCAUGUGUAUUCAAGCGAGCUGGAAGUCUUAAUGCUCAUGUAUCACGGGCACAUUCAGGAACAUCUGUGAUAUUAGGGUUUGAUGUACCCCCAGACAUGCGUAAUGUAAUAAAAGAGAUGCAGGAUUUGGAGAAAGCUAGUCAAGGAAGGAAAAAGAAUGUUAAUACAAUUGUGGUUUUUAAAGAAGAACACGAGGAAAGAAGCAAGUCAUUAUCAUUGGGCAAUGACACAUCAAGUACAAAUGUCUCUGAUAAUGUUAGCGAUCGGGAUAUUUUGCAGCAAGCAUUGAACAAUAUUGGCCUUACUCAACCAAAGGACCAGCAGCAAGAUAUGAAAG